CGCCGAUCUAAGAUGGCUGCGCCCAUAUGUUGACACAUGAGAAAUAGAAAUCAUUCCUCAUAAUGGAUCAGAGAGAUAUUUUCCCUCUGGAAAUAGCAUUGGUGACUCAGAAAAUAUCAUUUUCUCAUGAUAUUGAAUGUGGUGUCAAAUCUGCAGUUGAAAGUUUCUGUGCCGGGAACUAUGGAGCUGUUCUACAGGAGCCUUUUGUCUGCAGUUUGUUCACUAAAGACAGCCAAGUGGAUCUUGAAACCAUGGUACAGUCUUCUGUCAGUGACUACUUAAACGAUAAAAACCAGGAAGAGCUUCCCCAGAGGGAGUUGGAGUUAUUGUUAGUGGGUGUGUCAUGCCUGCAGCUGUUUGUUCAGAACAACUGGCUAGGACCAAGACCCUCUCAGUUCACACCAAAACAUCUCCUCCCAGAAAACAUACAGGUGGAGGAGGAUGACCUGCGAAUGUGGCUUGAGAACCAGCUGAGCGUAGACGGGGAACCAGUGUAUGGACUCGCCACCUUUCCACAGUUUCUUUACCUUGCACGCGCAAUUCUCACACACUGUCAGCAGAAAUGCUCCCAUCUCAGGACAGUUGACUGGUGGCUGCUACGGUGCACCAGUAUACUCCAACAGGUCCUGGAUGACAAGUGUAACACACUCAGAGAACUUGUCACAACACUCAUUGACAAUGUUUCAAAAAUUGAGCCAUUGAUGACAGAUGACAAAUACAGGAGUGUACAGCUGGAGUUUUAUAUAGAGGCUGGCCUGCUAUCCCACUCAUUUUACUGCUACAAAGAAGCACAUGAGUUGAUUAACACAGCUCUGAAACUGUCCGGGCUCGAUAUACAGCUCACAGGUGCAUUGGGUAAGCGAACACGCUUCCAGCAGACAGACAAUGCUCAGCUGCUUCUUCAGGUUACAAGAUUACCGGUAGAGGGAGAUGGUUGCCAGGACAAACAACUUGUUGCUUCGGGUAACAAUCUCAUGCCAAAGGCUUUGAAUCUGGAUGAUGACACUGUUCUGGAAGCCAUAAACUUCACAGAUCCAGACGGCCAGGAGGUGGUGCGGUUGGCUGAUUAUGAACAGGCUCUUAUUCUUGGGCUAAUGGAGGACUACAGACGAAGCCGGGCUAGCGGAGAUACGCUCACAGAGGAGGAGAUUCUCACUUACAUAACUUUUGUAUUGAACAAGAUGGAGAACUGGUCAGUUGCCAUAGCAGCCUUGUUGUUACGUUCGAAGCUUGAGAAGGGCAGCAGACGACGUGUCGAGAGAUCCAUGAGGCAACUUGAGGAGCUGUUUAACCAAACAAUGAGGGAGGAACCAUCUGCAGGUCAGAGGUCACGGCUGUUCUAUGCAGCAAAAAUCCCCCCUGUAUGGGAAAUACAGAGGCAACUGGCAGAGCUGUUACUGUCCCUGGGAGCUGUGGGGUCAGCACUUGAGAUUUAUGAGCAGCUGGAGUUGUGGGAGGAUGCCAUUGCCUGCUACCAGCGCCUCGGCAAGACAGAGAAGGCAGAGACUGUGAUACGGGAGCAGCUUGCUGUGCACGAGACCCCGAACCUUUGGUGUUUCCUUGGCGACAUCACGCGCAAUAUAGAACACUAUGAAAAGGCAUGGGUCCUCUCCAAGCACCGCUCAGCCCGCGCCCAGAGGUGUAUGGGGUACCUCUACUUUGCUAAGGAAGAGUAUGACAAAUGCGUGGAGUGUUUUGAGAAGUCUCUUGGAGUGAACGCUUUACAGGUGCCUGUGUGGUUCACCUACGGCUGUGCUGCAAUGGCUGCCAAGGAUUUCCAACUGGCUACGAGGGCCUUCAAGAGAUGUGUCACCAUCGACUAUGAUAACUUUGAAGCUUGGAGCAAUCUAGCAACAGCCUAUGUCAAGUUAAAAGAAAAAAAGAAAGCCUUUAAGACGCUGAAUGAUGCCCUGAAAUGCAACUACGAAAACUGGAGAAUCUGGGAAAACUACUUGGUGGUUGGCACAGACUGUGGUGAGUUUAGUGCUGUUAUCCGGGCAUACCACCGCCUUAUGGACCUGCGAGAUCGCUGGGUGGACGAGCAGGUGCUUGGGGUUCUCGUGCGUGGCGUGCGUGAAAAUAUUGCCGAUGCCAGCGGAGUUCGACUGAGCCAGGUGGAACAAAGUCUCAGAGAGCUGUUCGGAAGAAUCACCUCAAAGGUGACCGAUAAUGCAGAAAUUUGGAGAUUGUACGCAGAGUUGUGUAUAAAUGACACAGAAAAGAUGUUGCAGUUUCUCCAGAAGAGUCACCGGUGUGUGCUGCAGACGUCUGGUUGGGAGAAGGUAGAGGACAAAUGUAAAGAAACUGCAAAGCAGUCUCUCCAGCUAGCAGACGCCUACUAUGAAGUAAGCCAGAGUACCCAGAAUUCUACACAAGCUAUUCAAAUGUUGUCGUCUGCUAAACUCAUGUUACGAGGAGUUUUCACAAAGAUCAAGCAACAUCAUACUGACCCUGUAACUAAAGAGAUCCCAUCAGAAGACAUACGUGUCGUCUGCUCACAGCUCGAGGACAAGAUGGCGGUCGUUGUAGAGAGGCUAGACACCCUCAAACAGGGCUCCUGAAUUAUAAUGUUCAAAUGCAUUGGAAAUGAAAUAAACUUUUUUCUUAAAAUGAUCCAAUUUUUGCGUAAAUGUCUGGAAACCAGUUUUACAAGGUUGCUGACAAAAGAUCUGAUUGCAAUUUUUCAUAUUUACGUUUCAAAACUGAUAGUUUAUGGGUUAAAGCAUUACUAAUGCUUUCAAAAAAUGAAUUUUAUUGCAGUUUUCCAAACACCUGAGAUCUUUUCUUUUGUAUGUUAUCUUACAUUACUUAAUUGAAGGCAUUGAUGUCAAAAUCAACUGAUUCUGAGACAAAAACUAAAACAAAAUUCCUGGCAAUGAUGACGAACCAACGGUAUGGUGUCAAUGAUUGUGUUCCACCUGGGAAAUCCUACUCACAGGUUCUUUAAAAUUCAUUACUAACAUACGGUAGAACAGUUGGCUUUAAAAUGCCUUUGUCAUGCAAAAAUGGACUGAAAAUGAAAUUCAUGGACAUUCAUUUGGAGC